UUUCCCCAGCCUGCCUGUCUGCCUCGGUGCAGUUCGAAUGUGAACAAAAACAUGUCGCUCGACUCUUCGUCUAGUGAUUCUGCGGAUACUUUCUAACAGUUUAAACCAGAGCUAUAUGAUUUCCGUCGCUUUUGUGGCGAAGAACCUCGAAAGAUGGGGCAGAAAACGCUGGGAUCAAUUGUAGGUCUGCUUUGCACGGGGACCUGUUUGGCCCAGGGAAAGGAGUUCUGUUUUGGUGUGAACAAUGAGAAAUAUAGGUGUGAGAUGGGCUACUGUUGUGGGGAGACAGAAUGCUGCACAUACUACUACGAGCUGUGGUGGUUCUGGUUGGUGUGGACACUCAUCAUUAUGCUGAGCUGCUUUUGUGCAUACCGACACCGGCGUGUGAAGAUGCGACUUCAGCAGGAGCAGAGGCAGAGAGAGAUCAGCCUCAUGGCCUAUCAGGGAGCAUCCAGCUCUUUCAUCUCCCCACCACCAAUCAACCUGCGUUUCUGGACAGACUGCAAGCUCCCUGAUUAUGAGGAAGUAGUAGGCCACCCCCCAACGCCCCCUCCACCUUACUCUGAGAUGCCCCCAGAAAUCUUGCCCUCCAUCCACCCAUCUGUAAAUCACUCAGAGUCAGCUGUGGUGUUGGAGCGCCCUGUAGAAGAGGUGCAAGCUGAGAACCGAGUUUCUGACUCACUGGAACAAGACCCUGCAGCAGUUGCAGCCCCGUCAGGAUGUGAGGAGGGCGGGGGACCGGACGUCCCCUUGGAGGAGGAGUUGAAUACCCGGCGGAGGCACGUGACUGGCGACUCAGGUAUUGAGGUGUGUGUGUGCCAGCUGGAUGCAGAUGAGUGCUCCGGGCCUGAGGAGGAUGAGGGCAGGCUGUGCCAGGUGGCUGGUGGUGGCUGUUGCUCUGAGCAGGAGGCCCUCAGACCCAAAGAGCGCUCGCACUCACCUGAACCCUCUAGCGCGCUCAGCGGAGACCGUCUGGUCUGAUUCACACCUUGCAACGCUUAACGGUUCCAGCAAUACGACAUGGGGAAGGGGGACAGCAAAAGGUUUUGUCAUUGUUAGCCUCAUGACCAAGUCGAUUAUUGAAGGUUUUUUUUUUUUUGAGCUAACGGGUAGGGAGAACCUUUACAUGCACAUGGAAGGACAUUGGAUGAUGGCUUUUGCAUUCAAGUAAUAUCUAAAUGAGUGACUUUUUUCCUAUGUCAAAUUUUUUUUCUGGAGUGGACUUUUUUUGGUGAGGCUAAGGUUUCAAUUUGCCCGUUUCCAUGAAUCACUGUUGUUUUGCUCAUUUUGCCAUGAGUUUGAGUAAAGUGCUGCGAUUUAGAGUGGAAAUAGCAGCACUUUGAAGUAGAGCUUCUUCAUCCCAAAGCACUCAGCCACAUUGCAGCAGUCAACCACAAAUGAGCAUUCCCAACCACUCUGUACUUUGUCUGUGUGGCUUGGAUUUGGACCUCUAUAACUCAACCACCCCACCCCCCACCCACCGUGACAUUUUGCUUCAGCCAUAGCAUCAUAGCCCAGCGGUCACUGACUCUCAUCACAUGGGAAAAUGCUCCAGGAAAAGCGUCCCCCUAGCGCAGUGGCGUCGAGGUCUGACUGCAUGCUUUGUUUUUCACAAGCCUCUGCUAAUGAGAGCACAGCUGCGGGGCUGACAUCAGCCGAGCUCCGUCCCCCCAGGACCAAAGUGCCUCUCUGUUAAAGACAAAGAGAAGGGACUGGACAGCACAGCUAAACCACAAGACAGCUCCUUCUAGAUGACACUGUUGCGACAUACUCACACACUGGCACACCCCCAGACACACCCCUGCCCCUUGGCUCAGAAACAUGCUGUGCUCAACAGGGGGUCAGAAGCCAGCAGACGAGUUAUGCUAUGACCACUGCUCUGGUUUUGGGGGCGACACUGCUAUGUGCCAGCUUCUACUUCAGCCCCCCCACGGAUGCUGUGCCUGCAAAGUUGACAUCUAUAAAAAGCCAGUGGUUGGCUAGCUUCUUAACAGACUGAUAGUGAUAUAAUGUGUGGCCAAGUCAUCCCUCCUUGGGGUGUGGAAAGGGGGUGCUUAAGCUCUUCUAACAGCAGGGUUUUGCUCUUUCAGCCGUGAGAGAAGAAACAGCACACAUUGCGGUUUGGAAAACAGGAGGGAGGAAAUUAACAGCUGUGAAUACUUCUAUGAUGUGCUAAACGUCAGAUUUUUUUCAUGAGCUCACGGUUAACAGUAGCCAUUUUGUACUUGCCACUCUUAGAAACAAAGCUAUCUCUGUAAGGUGCCCUGAUCUCUCGAGUUUUAGACCACUUCUGUAAAAUGACUUGCAUUGAGAAAAUGCAUGUGUGCAACUGCAAGUACAUUUCUCUUUUCUUGCUAUGAUGUGACACAUCGAAGAGGUUUUUCACAGAAAAGCAGAUAGACCCAGCCUUGACCAGUACUGCUGCUACUUCUGCUGUUGCUGCUAUUUUGACCCUUUCUUGAUAGGCUUGAGAUCUCCGUGUGCGGGUAUGUUUUGGUUUCCUCUCACCCAGAUCUCACCUCCCCUAACCCAUUUCAAAGCGUUGUAAUGAAAUAAGCCGCUGUUACUGCUUAGGGUACACUCUUCUAGCUGACUAUCCAUGACCAGCACAUAGAGGCAGCGUGUGCCACUUGUGAUAUUUUCCGUUCAUGUGGGCUGCCUCAACAGUGCAAAGUCAGCUCAGCUGUAUGCUUCCCUAUAUAUACAUACACAUGUGUGGAGGGGUGUUUCAUAUUUUAUGUCUGCUUUCCCCGCAGAAAGGCACUUGGAAACGACCGUCCUGUGGAACGUGUGACACCUGCCACCACAAAUAAUGGGAGCAGGAAAACACUCAGCUCUCACAGUGUCCUGGAAGUCCACUUGUGGCUUCACCACUCUGCACUGAUUGCAUUCAGUGGCUAUUAUUAGUGCUUGCUCUCACUGCUGACUUAUUCUUAUGUGAAUGAACCGACUAGAUGCAAAACUUAGAUGGCUUGUUUAUAUUUAACCUCAUACUUUCAUAUGUGUGGAUUUAUAACCUGUGAAGAGGAUGGACACUUUGAAAACGGCUACUGCUUCUUUUGUGGCAGAUGUUUUGAGGCACCGCAAGCUGCCUUUCCAAGGUUAUUAUAGUGCUGAUAAGCAGGGGCAGUCCCACGUUUAGAGCAUGUCAGGUGGUGGGGCGCUGAACUGGUUGUCCUGCAGCGUUGGCGGUAUUGCCUUAUUGUGGUCAUUUGUGGUAAUUAGAGUAAUACACAAACAUCUUUACUUAUGGAUUUUAAGUUAAUCUGUAUGAGCAUAUGCUCCAUAAUCAUACGUAGAAACUUCAGCUUUAAGUUUAGAAUGUCUGAGUUAUAGAGUGUUGGUUGUGACGUUAUGGAUAUGGUUCAGGUAUUUUAAACAGGUGAAGGCAUGAUAUGUGUGUUCAGUAGUGCAGGUAGUUUGUUGUUCCUCCCUCUCCACAAAGCCUGUUUAGAAAAUACUGGUAGAACCUUGAAUUUUUGGAAAAAAUGAUGCGUCAUUUCUGAAAUGACCAUAGUGAUUGGUCUAGCUUUGAGAAGUUUGAAGGUGUUGUCCAGUUGAUAUGUUGAUCUUCAGUUGCAUGUCUUCUGCAUAGCAGUGUGAUCUAAAUGAGAUUUGCUAAACGUAACGUUUUGUUGUUGGGGUGUUGUGGUGUGUGUGUCUGAGAUACGGUUGAAAAUUAGGGAACGGGGUCUGAUGGCACUCAGACUCUGCAUAAACCCACAAGAGCGUGGGAGAAUAUUGCCAAACCAAUAUGGCACUACAUGUUUACCUGUAUAAAAGGGCUAGAAAAUAACACAAACCUUUGGUUUGAGGUUCAUGUGAUUUAUAGGGUAUAUGGAAGAAUACAUGAUUGUACACUUUAGGGCCUGUUUCCUAAGAGCAUUUGUUUGAUGGCAGUAUCACUUUAUGUGAUGCUUUUGGGAAAGUGGACCCCAGAUUAUAUCUGCCUUUUGUGUAAUACUGUACUUCAUGUGUACUUAGAGACAUGCAAUGCAUCUGAUUCUGUCCUCGACCUGUGGGAAUAUCCCUUGAGUGUCUGUGGAACUUAGCAUGACAGCGAUGAGAGCUAACUUUGUGCCUCUUGUGGUCCCAUUUCACCGAAUGGCUUGAACGUGGCAACAGAAACUUUGGUGACUGAACUGUUUAGUCUAAUCCU